CUCAGGCUAUCAUAGCCGGUUACCUCCUCUGCUCAACCUACCGCAAUGUAUACACACUUGGAGCUGGAGCUAUGAUGUCUCAACGUUGCAACUCUGAGAUCUAGAUCUAGAUCUGAUCGACGAUGGCAAGUCGUUCCAGAACUCAGCACAUGUAUUAAAGUACGUACUACAUGAGGCUUGUGCAUGCGCUGUGCUGUACACAGCUGCCUGUUAAGUACUCGAGUCUCAAUUAGUACUCCUUCUUCACCUCCCUCUGUCUCAUAUUCCCUCUGACCCACCCGACCAAAAUGCCCUCUUCGCAGGUCAAGGAUUUCAUCAAGAAUUUCAAUCUGGACAAAGUAUUCGCAGUUCGAUUGAGCCGGAGGUGCCCCGCAAAGAACGGACGUACACAACACAGUUCGACAACCACCCACCACGAUGUGCACCUCGAUUCUCUGAGCAGGGAUCCAGGCCACGAAAUCUCUAUCAAUAUCUCCGCCGCCACAUCCUCUCGGGGCGAUUCCUCUGCCCGUAAAGCUUCUGACAUGGCUCAGACAUUUUUACCUUUAGUCCAGAGCGUUGCAGGUGCAAUUCCACUUGCCGGUCCUCCGAUGCAAGCUGCUAUUAGUGGAUUAUUGUCAAUCCUUCAGGUCGUAGAUAGACGUAGUCAGAAUAAGGCAGACAUAGAUCGCUUGGCAUUACGACUUCAUCGACUAAGCUCACAUAUGUGCAAUGCCCCAACCGCCCAGGACCCCUAUGAACAAUACCGGAGGGAUUCUAUAAUUGGGAUUCUGCAAGAGACCUCUGCCCAGUUGACAAGAUUGCAAAAACGUCGUCUCGAAUACGCAUCCAUUACACAAGCUAUCGCUGGAUGCUCUACUGAAAUCAACAAUUAUCUGUUGGAGUCUCUGUGGUUGUUCCAAAUGCAACAAAGUCAAACUGCGCGGGGACCACCUGUGACGCAGUUGACCGCGGCUGUCACACUCGGCUGUGUGACACUGGUUGACGCAACAGGCCACGAACAUGCAAUAUCAGUGACCUUUUGCGCCUCCUUUCAGCAACUCAAUGAGAUGCUCCAGGUUCUGUUCAAACGUGAUUCGAUCGAGGCUCAAAUUCAGCGACGGUAUAUGGAGCAAGGACAGUAUGAUUUGUGUAUCGACGACGACAAGCAAGUGACGCGACUUACAAAUCAUGAAUGGCCAAGCAUUGAAGCAGGCACGACGAUCGUCAUGAGGGUCGUCUUUGAAGAGGAGACAUGCUCUACAGUUCAAUACAAAUGUCAUUUUUGCCGCGCUGUCAAUCACAUUAGCGACAAGUAUUCGCCUCAACGCCGGGCGAGUUGCUCGAUCAAUUGUCGAGAAUGCAAACAACGAUUUCAGAUCUCCCGCGAAAACUACAGUGCAAAGCGGAGCACACAAUCCUCUAACAUUGAUUCUGUUUCCAGAACUGAAGCAGAAGUGCACCUUAUUCGCAACUUUCGCAUUCAGCAGACUGUACGUUACCAUGAAACUUCACUAGCAGUCUUAAACUGAAAGCUCAUGUUCAUGUUUUGAUCUGCUUACGCGACGCUGAUGGUGCUGCGGUCGUGUCCUGCUCUCAGUGGGU